AUGGACACAGUGGCUGGCACAGUGCCUGGAUGGGCAACACCCUUUCGUCACAUGUUUGUUUUGUCAAUCGCCUACUCACUGCGUCCUCUUUCACGGAUCCUUUCAUUCCCACCAUCCUCUUCAUCUUUCAACGCACUUACUCUGCAUGAUCUUGCAACAUCUCUCACUUCGAAGAGCCUCGCCGAUCCGACGAGGUCUCUACGCGUCGAUCAUAACAUUGGACUCCUCCAGCUCAUCGUCAACCUUACCAACCAUCCCCCUCUGGUCGGCAAGUCCGACACCAACCCCCUGCUACCCUUAAGAUAA